CUAAUCAGCAGUAACACUGUGCACUAUCCCAUCGUCUCUCUUCUCUUAGUACUUGCUAACUACAGUUCUUGCUUCAUUCCCUUGCUUUUUAAUCCCACCAAAGCCAUUCUCCCCUUUUCACCAACUUAGAUUCUUCUAAACCCUCUCUUACAUUCGACAGUACAACGUUAUUGAUUUUGAUUGUAAGGGAAAUGCUUCCAUCGCAAAGCUACUGGGUAAAUCCAAAUCAGAACGUUGUGAUUCAGGAAUCCGGUGGUGAUGAUUCCAUCAAGAGCUCGGAGUCGAAAUCGAAAGAGGCGUGUAGUCACAAGGAAGCAGAGAGGAGACGCCGGCAGCGUAUCAACGCCCACCUCUCCACCCUCCGUUCUCUCCUCCCCGACACUGUCAAGACAGAUAAGGCGUCAUUGCUGGCAGAGGUGGUCCGUCACGUCAAGGAGCUGAGGAGGCAAGUGGAUGAGAUAGCGAGACAGGAUGCUGACGGUUGCUGCAGCGGCAGCACGGGGUCCUGGCCGUUUCCGGCAGAAUUCGACGAGGCGACUCUGAGUUACUGCGGUGAAGAAGGGAAGCUGGUGAAGGCGACGGUGUGUUGCGAGGACAGACCGGGUCUCACUCGGGACUUGACCCGGGCGAUAGGGAUGGUUCAGGCGAAGGCGGUGCGCGCCGAGAUGAUGACGGUAGGUGGCCGUACCAAGAACGUUGUGGUGAUGGAAUGGGCGGGGGCUGGCGGUGAAGAGGAGGAGGAGCUGAGGGCCUUAAAGCGGGGUUUGAAGAACGUGGUGCAGAAUCGAGCGACAGUUUCUGGGCUGGGCUACAGAGAUAGAAGUAAACGGGCUCUUGUAGAUGGGUCGGGCAAAGAGGCUGAUCAUGGCUAAUUAUUAGUUUAUAUAUAUAUAUAUAUAUAUAUUCAAAAAGGUGUUUUAUUGAAAAGGUUCCUUUAUCUAAUAUAUAGUAUUUUAUCAU